CGUCUUGCAAGUAUACACUGUUGCUUUAACCCGGCUUUGUCACUGCUGUAAGGAAGUGCACAAAUUAUAUAAUCUGUAUUGGAAACAUUAACACGAGUCGUUUGAAAUCUAGGAAGAGACAAUGGCGCUGUAUGGAGAACAAGUUGCUUGCAGCACCGAUAUGAAUGUACAGCAGAAUAAAAAGAGGAAGGUUGCUCUCAUCACUGGCAUCACGGGACAGGAAGAGACAAUGGCGCUGUGUGCAGAACAAGUUGCUUGCAGCACUGAUAUGAAUGAACAGCAGAAUGAAACUAGGAAGGUUGCUCUCAUCACUGGCAUCACGGGACAGGAUGGCUCGUAUUUGGCUGAGUUCCUGCUGGAAAAGGGCUAUGAGGUGCACGGUAUUGUACGUAGAUCCAGCUCUUUCAACACAGGCAGGAUUGAACACCUCUACAAAAAUCCUCAGACACAUACAGAAGGAAAUAUGAAGUUGCACUAUGGAGAUCUCACCGACAGUACCUGCAUGGUGAAGAUUAUCAAUGAAGUGAAGCCUUCAGAGGUCUUCAAUCUUGGCGCACAGAGCCAUGUCAAGAUUUCCUUUGAUUUGGCUGAAUACACUGCAGAUGUGGACGGAGUUGGCACACUACGUCUCCUGGAUGCCAUCAAGACCUGUGGUCUGACUAACAGCGUGCGUUUUUACCAAGCGUCCACGAGUGAGCUCUUUGGCAAGGUGCAAGAGACUCCCCAGAAGGAGACCACACCCUUCUACCCCCGAUCCCCGUAUGGGGCAGCCAAACUUUAUGCUUAUUGGAUCGUUGUGAACUUUAGAGAGGCCUACAACCUUUUUGCCGUCAAUGGCAUUCUUUUCAACCACGAGAGCCCAAGACGAGGGGCUAAUUUUGUGACUCGGAAAAUUAGCCGAUCCGUGGCUAAGAUUCAUCUUGGACAGCUGGAAUGCUUCAGCCUGGGCAAUCUUGAUUCCAAGAGAGACUGGGGUCAUGCCAAGGACUAUGUUGAGGCUAUGUGGCUGAUGCUGCAGCAGGAUGAGCCGGAAGACUUUGUUAUAGCGACUGGAGAGGUCCAUAGUGUCCGAGAGUUUGUGGAAAAGGCAUUCAAGCACAUUGGAAAAAACAUUGUGUGGGAAGGUAAAAACGAGAAUGAAGUUGGCCGUUGCAAUGAGACAGGAGUGAUUCAUGUGAGGGUUGAUCUCAAGUACUACAGGCCCACUGAAGUGGAUUUUCUGCAAGGGGACUGCAGCAAGGCAAACAACAAGCUGGGGUGGAAAGCCAAAGUUUCUUUUGAAGAGCUCGUGAAUGAGAUGGUAGAUGCAGAUGUUGAUCUCAUGAAGAAUAAUCCAAAUGCUUAAUAAUACCUGACAAUAUCACCAUUUCUAAAAUGAAGACCGCCACCAGAAUACACACUCCUCCUUCUUCUCCACUCUACGUGGACUUCAUAAUUGCAAUAUGUUACAGAAGUAAUCCUGAUUCUCAAAUCAUUUAUUCAUUUUCAAAUGUAUUAAAGUGGGGUUUCAAAAAAUAUAGUUUAGUUUAUCUUGGUUGAGGAAAAACUACUAUGAUCUUAAAUCUUCUUUUUAAAAUGAGUAAGUAUUGUGCAAAACCAAUAAUAAUUCUUGGACCAGAAGACAUAAUUCUGUGAUUGCUUUUUUCUAUAUUAAGGCUGGGAUUUGUAAGAAAUGUGAUUUUGUAUUUGUUGUGUUUUGUUCUUUUUUGUAUAAUGCACAGCUAAAUCAUUUCAGAUGACAGAACUUUUUGACAUGCAGAUUUAGAUACUAUACCUUUCGGUUACCUUGCAAUACUCUCUAGAUAAUUUUCUUUUCACAGUAGAAUUAAUGUGUUGUGUCAAUGUGUUUUGGAAUUUAAAACAUUAAACGCGUCUCCUGCA